AUGGGCUUAGCGAUGUUAAUAGUAGCCAUUUCCAAGACUAUUUUUUUCUCGUAUUCUGCAGUGACUACUUUUUAUGCUUUUCAAAGUCUCGUUUCUGCAUUUGAUUUGCAGUCGAAAAAUAGUUGGCUCGAAUGCUUUCUCCAAGACUACUGUGAAAUAUUUUUUUAA